AUGAGUGCCACUCUACAACAGCAUACAUUUGAAAUACCUAGUGUUGACCAUAAAAAAUGUUCGAGAAAACGGUUUUACUUUGAAGAUGAACUUUCUCAUAAUGUGAAUAAGCGAGUUAAGGCUCCUUUUCACUCGGAUUUUCACUCGGAUACCAAUUUUUCUCCGUCUACGUUACCGUUCUCUUGUGACCGUGACAAAAAAUUAUUCACUUCGUUCAAGUCAAACAAUAUUGCUCUCAAAAAGAAUAAAACCGUUCCGAAUAUUGAUUCCCAUUCAGAAAUGUCUCGUAUAAUCGAUCUUUCCACAGGCGAAUCUUUGGAUUCUGUUUCAAAUACCGACCAUGACCGACAAAAAUUAAAACGUACAUUAGAAUUAGUCGAACAUGAUUAUAAAGACUCCCCUUCCGUAGAAGGUGAUAACUUCCUUGGCAUUAUGGGUGAACCCACUUUUGGUAAUAAUUUUCAUAAAAAAAUUCGAACUUCGAAGAAACCAACGGUAAAUUACAUUGAAGAUGUUGAAGAUGUUAAAGAUGAUUCAAGAUUAAUUAAUAAUACUGUUGGCACCAUUCAAGAAUUUAAAAACUAUGUCACAACUAGUCCUUCAAUUUCCAAUAUUUCUAGUACUUCAAAUGUUACUAUUAAUCCAACAACAAAGUCCUUACCAUUGGUAGUAAGACCCAAAAAAAUCGAAUUUACCCCGCAAUAUCAAGAAGUAUUCAAUAAGUAUAUGAGGUCACAGCUUGAUACUGUAAAUGAUGAUUAUAGUGUUCAUGGAAAAGAAAUGGUUUUAUAUCGUCAAAACAAUAAAAACAAUAAUGAAUAUAUCAUUAAAGAUGACGACUAUACGAAUUCUGAAGGAAAGAUUGUCGAAAUUGAAGAUGAUGAUGACAUUCAAAUGUUGGAUACUGACGAGACUAAUACCAGCGGAAUAGGUGUCGGACUUUUAUUUAAUGAUGGUGGUCAAAGUCUCGAUGAGGACGAUAAAAUGGAUAUCGAUGAAUAA